AUUCUUUCCAACGGCGGUGUAUUUGGUGACCGCCGAUACUGGGAGUUUGUUUUUACGGUCAUGGGUGCUAUACUUGUUAGUCGGUGAAGUUUUUAUAAUAGUCUUCGGACAGCAUUAAUGGAGUGCAAUUCUUCGAAGGCUAUGAGCCCAGAUGAAGCAUUUGACGACCAGAGGCUAAAUCAAGAUAUCCCUAUCAAAAGUGAUUCAACCCUCAAUUGCCAGAUACAACCGACGGAAUGUACGAAGUUUCGAUGUAGAAUAAGCACUGUCGAAAGACUGGAUGGUGGCGCUGCAAAGGCAGAUUCAUGUACACGUAAUUUCAAUGUCAGUGAUGCAUCGCCACUUCAACCAACCUGGGUUUCAUCUAGCAACACGCAGGGACAUUCUUUCAUACGUCGAACGCUGCAUAAGCCAGCCUACUGCCAUCAUUGUGGGGAAGUUAUAUGGGGACUACUAAGUAGUGGGUUUCAGUGUGAAAUUUGCAACCUCCUUGCUCAUGAACGCUGCCAAACCAUAGUGAGCUCUCUAUGCACAUCUGUGGCACCUCUUCAUGUAAAGUCUCCAGUAUCUCAUUGUUGGUCCGAUUUGGGUCAUUUCAAACGAAAGUUUUGCAACGUUUGUCGUAAACGGUUGGAAGACAGUUUGUCUGUGCGAUGUGAAGUUUGUGAAUAUUAUUGUCAUGUGGAUUGUCAAGACUAUUCUAUCAAUGAUUGCAAACAAGGUGCAACAUGUUCUCCAGGCAAACCUGUGUGUUCCCCACGUCAAACACAUCAUUGGAGGGAGGGGAAUUUACCAACUAACUCAAAAUGUUUUAUAUGUCGUAAAACAUGUUGGUCUUCUGAAUGUCUUACUGGUUAUCGUUGUCAAUGGUGUGGUCGAACUGGUCAUGCAGGAUGUAUAGAUAAAAUGGGAAUGGAUGAAUGUGAUUUUGGUCCAUUACGCGAUAUCAUGUUACCGUCAUUCUGUGUUAGUCUUCCACGAAUAAACAUUCCUAUUGAACAUGUUCUCGGUGUAACCAAACGUCCACAAGGUCGAACUGUUUCAGUUGAUUGGUCGAGCAGUGGUGAAAGCAAAGAGGAUAGUUGGCAAGAUACACGAUCACCAAGAGAAACUAUAGAUCAUGCAAGUAGUGACGAAUAUGUAUGUGUAUUCGAUGGUAUUGGAGCGUUAAAGAGACGUUCAUGUCGAAGUUUUAAUUUUUCAAAAUCAGUGUCCACUUAUUCAGCAGUUAAAAGAUUUUUGAAGACAUUUCAUUUGGCUGGAACACCUGAUUAUUACAAUGUAUAUGAAGUUAAUGAACAUGAUGGAACUGAAAACAAACUCAAUUAUCAUAUCAACCUUCGAAGUCAGUUGAGAUUCGAUUUAAAACAGCCUUCUAUUUUGAUAAGAUCUAAAAAACCUGAAGAAUCAACACUAACUAUUAAAGUAUAUGCUGGUGAUCUUCGCCUAUUGCUUGCUCCUCAUGUGCCACCUUACGAAGAAGUAACUAUCACCCCCGAAACUACUGCAUCAAAAGUUGUUGCUAUGGCUUUAAAUAAUUUUGGUUGUGGGCAUAUGAGCCCAGAUGAUUGUUAUCUAAGCAGUGUACGAAUUGAUCGUACAGUUAGUGAACACUUAUUGAAUAAAGAUGAUCGUCCUAUGGCACUUUUAGAACAAUUACGCGAAGAAUCAGCUAGAAUAUCACAAUUUACACGAUUUGAAUUACGAUUUUUUGAAGAUUCUCCAAUUCAAUCUAGUGUAUCAUUAUUUGUUGGUAAUCUUAAAGAAAAUCUUUCACAACGUUUAUAUGAACGUUUAUUAUUAGAGAAGUUAGGUGAAAAGUAUCGAUGGGAUUCUAUUGAUGUUAUCUAUUAUGAAAGUGGUUGUCUUGUCUUAAAUUAUCAUUCAAGUGAAAAAGCUGAACAAGCUUAUGAAUUGUUGAGUGAUUCUGUAUUUAUGGAUAAACCAUUGAUUGCUUUAUUACUUCCAACAAUUCAUCCCCAAAAUCUACCCGAAGGUAUUCAACCACUAUUGGUAUUUGUCAAUUUGAAAUCUGGAGGCUGUCAAGGAAUGGAUUUAAUUGUCGCUUUUCGUCGAUUACUCAAUCCAUUUCAAGUAUUUAACCUGGAUUAUGGUGGACCUCUUCCUGGUUUGUAUUAUUUUCGUCAUCUAGUCUCAUACAAAGUACUUGUAUGUGGUGGGGAUGGUACAGUAGGAUGGACAUUGUCUUGCCUAGAUAUUGUUGGACAAGAUGCUGCUUGUAAUGCUCCACCAAUCGCUCCACUUCCUCUUGGUACUGGUAAUGACCUAUCUCGUGUUCUUCGAUGGGGAUCAGGUUAUUCAUCAGAUGAUGAUCCUUUAACUAUCCUCAAGGAUGUAGUGGCUGCGGAAGAAGUAAAAUUAGACCGAUGGACAUUAAUUGUUCGACCUGAAGAAGAUUUCAAAGAUGAAGCAAAAUUAGCUUUAGAAUUACAAACUAAUGCAUUAAAUACAAAUGAAGAAAAUUCUAUAAUGAUUAUCAUGAAUAAUUAUUUCGGUAUUGGAAUAGAUGCUGAUUUAGCAUUGGAUUUUCAUAAUGCACGUUCAGAGAAUCCGUCGAAAUUCAACAGCCGCAUUCAUAAUAAAGGUAUAUAUUUCAAAAUUGGAUUAAGAAAAAUGAUUCAUCGAAGUAUUUGUAAAGAUUUACACAAACAAAUUGUUGUUGUUGCUGAUGGUAAACUUGUAAUCUUACCACCGAUUGAAGGAUUAAUUGUAUUAAAUAUUCUCUCUUGGGGUGGAGGUGCUAAUCCUUGGAGUGUUGAAAAAGAUGAUGAAUUUUCAAAACCUACACAUUAUGAUGGUUUACUUGAAGUGGUUGGUAUCUCUGGUGUAGUACAUAUGGGUCAAAUCUAUUCUGGUCUCAGUACUGGGAUCCGCCUUGCUCAAGCAGGACAUCUGAAAAUUUUGCUCAAAUCUGAACUCCCUAUUCAAGUUGAUGGUGAACCAUUUAUUCAUCCACCUGGUCAAAUUACUGUAUUACGAUCUGCACUUAGAGCUAACAUGCUAAGAAAAGUUAAACGACCUAAACGAAGAACUGGAACAGAUGAAUACGGAUUGAAUCAAUUGUCAUCUAGAGAUGUAGAACACCGAAGGUUGACAUCACAGUAUACAGGUACACGAUUACAAGACUACAAUUCACUAUCUGACUGUACAUUUUUAAGUACUACAGAGAAUUUAAGACAACAAAACAUACUAUUUCCUAUAAAUAAGUUGAACUUGAAUUCAUAUGUUUACAAUACACCCACUAAUAGUACAACAUUAUCAAAUAAGCUGCCUAUGGCAACCACAUCUGUUUAUAACACGUCAAAUACUACUAUUCAAUCAACAUUACCUCCUAUACAAGUAGGAGAUAACAAUAGUAAACAAUUAACUCAUGAUGAUAGUAAUACUGAUGAUUUCAAUCUUAACAAAUCUUUUAAUCAGUUAUGUUUAGAUGAUAAUAAUGAAGUAAAAUCUUCAUAUGUCAAAAUCUCUUCAUCAUUAUUACUACCAGUUUGUUCAUAUACUCCAUUAUCAGAGGAUGAUAGUGUAUAACUGUGUUAAUUAGUUCAUUCCUUUUUAUUGGUUGAUACAGUAUAGUUAUACAGAGUACAAAUAUGUAUGUUGUAUUCUUUAAUUUCAAUGAAAGAUAACUAUUUUUUGUAAAUUAUAUAAUAUUUAGUGUAUUUUAAACGAUUACAAGAGAGGAAAUCAGUAGAUAUUACUUAUAACUAUAUAAACAAUAUAUAUAUAUACGUACACUUUCUAUUUGUACUUCUUUACCAUUUCAACUACACAGCUAUUAUGAUCCACCCUUCCUCCAGAUUAUUAUCUGUCCCUUCUGUAUAUAUUAUAUCAUUAAUAUAGAGUAAGACCAUUUUCAUUGUUGUUGUUUUUGUUCUUUACCACUGAAUGCUUUUAUCAGGUGAUGCCGUCUUUAGCAUAUUAUCAUUUUUCUUUAUUUGUCAGUUGUUGUUUUUUUUCCUAAAAAAAUAUUCUAUAUCCUUGUGUUUGUGGUUUAUUUUGUGUAGGAAUGAGUAAGUAGUAAGUAAAGUAGACCUACUUAAUUUGGUGUUAUUUCAUGCAUUUCAAUGAUCAUACACUACACUACAAUGAAUGGAUAACAAUGAUGAUGUAUUUGAUUAUUGAUAAUAAUAAUACAUACUGAUUACUGAAGUAUUUCUUGAUUUUUAGUUGUGUACUUUUAUCAACUGCUUAAAUACUCCUAUUAUAAAAUCUAUUACAAAAGGUAUUUGAAUAAAUAAAGAAUAUUCUCUUUGAUGACUUCAUCUUUAAGUUCUAC